UAGGCAAUUAAAUCAUAAUAUCAUGCAUAUAUACACUAUUCACUAUUUACUAUAAAUAGGAGCAAGAGAUGCCACCAUCAUCCACCACAUCUAAAUAUACUCAAUUAAGCCAUGGCUAAGCUCCUCCAAACCCUAAUUCCUCUCCUCUCCUCCGUCGUCGUCCUCCUCGCCGCUGCCGCCAACACUGCGCAGUCCCAAUCGACGUCCUUCACCUACGACUUCUGGAGCGACAAGCCGACCGAUCUCACCUACCAAGGCCAAGCCCAUUUCCCAUCGGACUCCACCUUCCUCCGCCUCACCAACCCGAUAAUCGGCAGUGUCGGCCGGGUCUUGUACUCGAACCCUGUCCAGUUCUCCCAAGCCGGCGGCCAAGUCGACUUUGAAACCACCGUAAACUUCAUAAUCACACCCAGCCCCACCAACCUCACCGCUGACGGCAUCACCUUCUUCAUAGCCCCCGUCGGCUCCACCAUCCCCAACGGCGGCACCGGGGGCAACCUCGGAAUCUUCGGAUUCUCCGGAAAUAGCCCAUCGGUCUUCGCCAUCGAGUUUGACACCUUUGUCAACAACCCGUGGGAUCCGAGCUAUCCUCACAUCGGCAUCGACAUCGGAUCUAGGGAAUCCCGCAACACGACGGAGUUCAGCGAAGGCAUAAUCAGGCAGCUGGUGAGUGCGCGGAUUAACUACGUCGGAGCCACGAAGAUGAUCACCGUCACCGCCACCAACGGCUGGAAGACGGUUGAGGUCAGCUAUGAGUACGAUUUGAGCGGCUUUCUUCCUGAGCAGGUUCAGGUAGGGCUCUCCGCCGCCAGCGGACUAAGCCAACCUUACGUCGCCACCCAUGAUAUCGUCUUGUGGAAUUUCAAGGCCACCAUGGUGCAAACAAAUUCCAGCGCGAGGAGCAGGAAGGAGCUGGCCGGCAACAUUAUUCGUCAAUUUGUGUGAUUUUGAAAUGUGUGUGUGUGUUAAAUAAAUAAGGACUAAGCGAUCGAGUCUGCUCUCGUUAAGUCUAGAAAUAAAAUAAUCGUCCGUCUCUAUGUAAGGACUAUGUAACAAUGUUUUUGGGUGUCGUUCUGGUUUUAUGAACUUUGCAAGGUAAUCUACGCAAAAUUUCAUUAA